UGUGACUAUAUGUGCAACUUUUUUAUUAUCUUCUAAUUUUGCCACUUUUUAAACUUUGUGCGACCUUUUUGCGACUUUUUUAUUGCUCAACAAUAUAAGUUCUAUUCUUUUUUAUUUGGUAUAGUGCAUUUAUAUUGUACUGGAUUUAGUGUACAGUAUUUCACAUAUAUGUCAAAUAAAUCAUCAUAGAUGAGGUAAACCCUGUAAAAGUUCAAAUGUACAUGCCGUUCAAAUUCAAACUAAUUUCACGUCGCUAUUGCUAACGCCGUACGCUGCAAUUAUGCGACACAGUAGUUUGAUCAGUUGUUUGUGUUACCUUUUGAUCAUUAUUCUUUGAAAAACGAAAACAACGACAUUGGCGAAAGAGGAGUGCAAUUAAAUAUAUAAUUAAAAAUAAAGAGUACAGCAUUAAAUUGAAUUCAGUGAAGUAAAUAAUUAGUAUUUUGUGUUAUUUUGAAAACAAUAUUCAGUUUUUAGACGCUUGUGCUCAUUUUAUAUUAAAAACAAGUGUUUGUAAAAAUCUUCUAUGGACAGAUUUAUUGUUAGAUCAAAAAGAAAGGCUGACGAUGAAUCUCCCAACAAAGCAAGGCUGACCCUGGGCAAAGGAGCUGACACGAUAAUUGAAACAAGUUCAGAAUCUGAAAAGAACACCGAGUCCGAAUCGGAAAAUGAUGAAGAACCUUCAUGUUCCUCCAAAAAACGCAAUAUUUCCCGGUAUUAUUCCAAGGAAUGGGAGAUGCAAUACAGGUGGCUUAAGCAAGAUGGUGAGACAAAGCGGCCCCUGUGCAUUGUUUGUAAACAACUUUUGUCAAACCAAAAAAACCAUCUUCGACGACAUGCUGAAACAAAGAAACAUCUUAGUAACAUAACCAAAACAUCUGAAAAUGCGAAAAUACAACUGACUGAUUAUUUGCCACAUCGAAAUACAGACUUACGAAAACAUGUCGCUAUUGCUGAAAUUAAGUUGGUGUUACGUGCAAUUACAAAAAACCAAUCUUUCAAUUCUAUGGACGGACUUGGUAAAUUCAAUUCCAUGAUUUUUCCUGAUUCAAAUAUAGCUAAAUUGGUAUCUUUCACGGUGGAAUUCAAUGAAAUCUAUGAGAAAAUAUUGGACGAUUUCAAUGAAUGGGGUAUUGGUGAUCGUGAAGGUUCUUCCGUUUCGGUUAUGAAUUGUAUUGCCUCCAAGGCAUUUUCAACCAAAGACGAAGAUGAUGAAGAUAAUGACGAAAAUGCUGACAAUUACGACAAAAAACAAAGCGCCUGGGAGCGUUUUAUGAACUCCGUCCGUAGUCGUUUGAAUGUAACACAGAUUGUGCGAAAUGUACGCGAAGAUGCCUCAAUUACAUUUGAUUUUGUGGUAUUAUUGAUCUCAGCGGCAGUCCUAGCUGCCUUUGGUUUAAUCGAGAACAGUACAAUAUUCUUGGCCUCCAGCAUGUUGGUAUCACCGCUAAUGGGUCCCAUUAUUGCCACCAUCUUUGGCACCGUAAUCAAGGAUAAAUCCCUGUUCCGCUUGGGCAUGAUCAAUGAAUUGUUUGGCAUUUGUACGGCCGUCUUAGUUGGUUUCAUCUUUGGCAUUGUUGUCUGCACCACCGAUGAAAGGUAUAGCAUUGGCGAGGGUCUCACCGAUGAAAUCCUAUCGAGAUGUGAAUUACAUUCACUUAUUGUGGGUGUAUUUACGGCGAUACCAUCGGGUGCUGCGGCCGCUAUUGGUAUUUUGGGUGGCAAUAUUGGCUCGCUGGUUGGUGUGGCAAUUUCCGCCUCGCUGUUGCCGCCGGCUGUAAACUCGGGUCUCCUCUGGGCCAUAGCAUUAAUUUACAAAUGCUAUGAAAAUGAUGAAUCCAAGUUCCCACAAGUGGUGAAGACCACUCAAUAUUCCGAAAAUCAAGCCAACGAAUUAGCUGUCUUGGCCACAAUUAGCAUGUGCUUGACCAUAUCGAAUAUCCUUUGUAUCUAUGUUAUGGGUAUAUUGGUAUUGAAGUUGAAAGAAAUCGCUCCCGUAUCGGGUACUAAUCGUGAAUUUUGGAAACAUGAUAUUAAAAUUGCCCGUCAUCUUAAGCGUCGUCGUCUCGACAGCGAUAAUGUUAUUAUGGAUGAAUAUGCUCACCUGCCGCAAGAGGAUCAAAAGGCGUUGGGUAUUAAUUACGACAUGCUGAGAACGAUACAAAUGGAUGAUGCUGCAUAUCAGAAUACAUGGUCACCGGUGGGUACGCGGCAUCCAUUUGAAACGUCGUAUGAACCAAUGCGUGGUAACUAUUCGACGGUACAUCAAAUUGAUCAACUCUAUGCUACGAUAACACAUCAGACAACGAUGAAGGAGAAAAUGCAUAGAUUUGGUUUGGGACGCCGACCUACAGGGCGUAUGGUGGACUUUGCUUCCUCGUAUAAAUUGCUAAGUGAAAACCUACCCCGUUCCCGUUGCUCAACAAUGCCGUCCAAGGUCAAUCCGCCUACCGUCAAAAUAGUCACUCCCGAUUCCUCGCAAUUCAACUCCUGCACGAAUACACCGUCCAUGGCUGCAGAGAAAAAUCGACGAAAAUUCAUUGUGACACCAGCUGAAGAUGAUCCAUUGCAACCAUUGAAUCCAUCGGAUGCAUAAAUCUAUAUUUAUUUGUAUAUAGAAAUAUAUAAUUAGUAGAGUAUGGGUCUAGGCGUGCGUGCGUGUGACUUACAUCAUCAUCGAUCAGUAUACUUAAAGGUAUCACUUUUCAACUUAGGUAGUUAAUAACUAAACAAAUAAAUCGUUAAAAGAAAAAGAAACUAGUUUAUAUGUAUACACACACUCACAUACUCUAUUUAUUUAUAGAUAUAUAGAAAUAACAAUUUACAAUUAUUGUAUAAUUUGUAUUGUUAUAAUUCAUUUAUAAUGUCGUUUUUUUUUUCUAGGAUAUAUAUUAGCGAACAAACAAAACUAAAAAAAAGAACAACAAAAAAAAUUAAAAGAAAACAAAACUAACAACAAUUUACAAAACAUAACAUUUAUUAUUAUUAUUAUGAUAAUCUUUUGUUUAAAUGUUUUUUUAAUAUACAUAUCUGCCAUUUUAGUUUUCCACUCGUCGUCCUCUUUUUUUCUCUCUGUGUAUAGAUAAUUGUUGUUUGUUUAGUUAAAAUUUUGUUUUAUAUAUAUAUUUUUUGGCUAGUACCUAUGUUGUUAGUAACUGAUUCUUGUAACUUGGCUUUUUGUAACUACGCCAAAAACAAAGAAACUACACAAAUAAAAUAUGUACUUGAUUUCCCUCAGGUGUUUUCAAUUGAGAA